GCCGCUGCCUUCACGCGCGCGCCUCCCUCCCUCCCUCGCGCAGCCGCGGUCGCGCCCGCCGCCGCCGCCUCCUCCAGUGAGAAGGAUGAGCCUGCCCGGCGUGGCUCUCGAGCGUCGCCGUCCUCCGGUCGCAUCCUACGAGCGCGGCAACGCGGGGGACUGAAAAUGUGCCAAAAACAAUGCUAGGAUUACAAUGGGAAGUGUCACACUUCGCUAUUUCUGCUAUGGCUGUCUCUUCACAUCUGUGACCUGGACACUUCUGCUCUUUAUUUAUUUCAAUUUCAGCGAAGAGACCCAGUCUUUCAAGAAUGUGCCCAUCAAGGGGCUGGAACCUCAGAAGCCAUUUCCCAAAAGAUUCUAUCCCCGUUUUGUCCAUGGGCCAGUACAUUUGCCUGACUCUCAGAAUAGAUAUGGAAAGAUCAGGAAUCCAUUGGGAAAUGCUGCACAAGAUCCCAUCAAGAGUGAGACUGAACUUUCUCCGGAAAUGGGUAUGAUUUUUAAUGAAGUAGACCAAGAAGUUAGAGACUUGGGUUAUCAAAAGCAUGCCUUCAAUAUACUCAUCAGUAACCGGCUGGGAUAUCACAGAGAUGUGCCAGACACAAGGGAUGCAAAGUGUAAGGAAAAAAUCUACCCUUCUGAUUUACCUUAUGCCAGCAUUAUAAUUUGCUUCUAUAAUGAAGCGUUUUCUGCCUUGCUUCGGACAGUGCAUAGUGUUCUGGACCGCACACCAUCAUCUCUUCUCCAUGAAAUUAUCUUAGUGGAUGAUAAUAGUGAAUUAGGUGAUCUGAAGGAAGACCUGGAUGUUUAUCUAAAAAAGAACUUUCCAAACAUUGUAAAACUAGUAAGAAAUGAGAAGCGGCAAGGGCUCAUUCGAGGGAGAAUGAUUGGCGCUUCCCAUGCUACAGGAAAGGUACUUGUGUUUUUGGAUAGUCACUGUGAGGUUAAUGAGUUGUGGCUGCAACCUUUGCUGGCACCCAUCCAGGAAUCACGCCAAACAGUGGUUUGCCCCGUCAUUGAUAUAAUCAGCGCUGACACACUUGCCUACAGCUCUUCCCCGGUGGUCCGUGGAGGGUUCAACUGGGGACUGCACUUUAAAUGGGACCUUGUUCCUCUGUCGGAGCUGGAAGGCUCUGAGGGAGCCACUGCUCCAAUCAAGUCGCCUACAAUGGCUGGAGGCUUAUUUGCUAUGGACAGAGAAUAUUUCAAUCAACUUGGACAAUAUGACAGUGGCAUGGACAUCUGGGGCGGGGAAAACCUGGAAAUAUCAUUCCGGAUCUGGAUGUGUGGGGGCAAACUUCUCAUCAUCCCAUGCUCCAGAGUAGGACACAUCUUUCGUAAAAGGCGCCCUUAUGGCUCGCCAGGUGGGCAGGACACCAUGGCGCACAAUUCUCUACGGCUGGCCCAUGUGUGGAUGGAUGAAUAUAAGGAGCAGUAUUUUGCCCUCCGACCAGAACUAAGAACAAGGAAGUAUGGAAAUAUUACUGACCGAGUGGAGUUGAGGAAAAAGCUGAAUUGCAAGUCGUUUAAGUGGUACUUGGACAAUAUAUACCCAGAGAUGCAAGUUUCUGGCCCAAAUGCUAAAGUACAGCCACCAGUCUUUUUCAAUAAAGGGCAAAAACGACCUAAAACACUGCAGCGUGGAAGGCUGCAUCAUCUUCAGACAAAUAAAUGUCUGGUUGCUCAAGGCCACCCAAGUCUGAAAGGAGGACUUGUUGUCGUCAGAGAGUGCGACUACAAUGAUCAAAACCAGGUAUGGCUUUACAAUGAAGAUCAUGAGUUGAUCCUAAACAACCUUCUGUGCUUGGAUGUGUCUGAAACUCGGACAUCCGAUCCACCACGCCUUAUGAAAUGCCAUGGAUCAGGAGGAUCCCAGCAAUGGGUGUUUGGAAAGAAUAAUCGACUCUACCAGGUGUCUGUUGGGCAGUGUAUGAAGGUUGUCGACCCACUUAGCCUCAAAGGAUACGUGAACAUGGCAAUUUGUGAUGGCUCCCUUCCUCAGCAGUGGCGCUUGGAGAGCUGAGUACCAGCACAGGACAAGCAACCCUCGGAAACAGCAAGGAAUGCAUCUAAUUCAUCCAUUUUCGGCAGUUUACAGCUCCACAGUGACAUGGAAUCUUGUGCUGGUCAUCUUCAAAAUCAAACUUAUAGUCGUAACAGAGCUGGAAGAAAACAAUUGCCUGUAAGGUCUGGUGCUUGCAAACGAAGAUUUCUUGCUGGCCUCCAUGCAUAAAGUAACACAUUCGCUAAAGCACAUGCUCUUGGACUUUAAACAGCUGACCUCAAUUAUGACUGAAAAAGCACCUUUUCCCUCCAUGAAACACACCUUGGCCCUUUUCAGUCAAUGCAGCUGUCUGUCGCAAGUCAUUCUGUAACUCAGUAUGAGUGGUCAAUAAACAAACUGGAACUGUGUUGUGGACUCUAGCAA